UUUUAUUUUCUUUUCAUCUGUUUUGUUUUGUCCUUCUCCUAAUCGAAAUCUAAUCUUAUAAAAUCGACUCUCAUUAGGAUUCUGGUUUUGCUUUCCAUAUACAAACUCUCCUUUUCUCUUUCUUCUCAGCUUUCUCUCUCUAUCUCCCUCCCUCUCUCUCUCUCUCUCUCUAUUUAUAUAUAUAUAUAUAUCUAUAUAAACACUUUUUCUCCUCAUCAUCAUACCCAAACCAAAAGCAAAUAGAAUGAGAGCCUUGGUUCUCCAGGAAGACGAGAAAUAGCGUAGAUCAAAGGAAAGCAUCCAGAUUCAGAAGCGAAGAUCAUCGUCUUCAUCACCGCCAUAGAAGAAGAAGAAGAAGAACAGUUGGAAGCAAUCUAGAGUGUGAGAAUGGGGGUGAUGUACGAGGCCAUCCAAGGGAAGGAGGAAGGAGCCGAUGAUCUGGAAUUGGGCCUCAAAGUCUCCAAACCACAAUCACAUCAACAACAUUGCUUUGUUCUUCCGCCCAAUCCCAAUCUCAAACCACCACGACUCGUCUCCCUCGACGUUUUUCGCGGUCUCACUGUUGCGCUGAUGAUAUUGGUGGACGAUGCGGGUGGAAUUCUGCCGGCUAUAAACCACUCCCCCUGGAAUGGAUUAUCUCUCGCCGACUAUGUCAUGCCCUUUUUCCUCUUUAUUGCUGGUGUUUCACUUUCACUUACCUACAAGAAUUUGUCAUGCAAAACUGUCGCAACUAAAAGCACGCUACUCAGGGCAUUAAAGCUUCUAGUACUGGGCCUUUUUCUUCAAGGUGGCUUUUUCCAUGGCAUCAAUAAACUUACUUACGGAGUGGAUAUUGAUCAUAUGAGAUGGAUGGGAGUACUACAGAGAAUUGCCAUAGCAUAUUUAGUGGCAGCAUUGUGUGAGAUUUGGCUAAAGGGUGAUCGCGAUGUUGAUUCUGGAUCAUCUUUGUUGAGAAAAUAUCAGCUUCAGUUGGCUAUUGCUUCGAUAAUUUCAUUUGUAUAUAUUUUAUUAUUGUACUCCUUAUACGUACCUGACUGGGAGUACCAGAUUCCAACUGACAAUUCUCUGUCUGCACCAAAAACGUUAUUGGUUAAAUGUGGAGUAAGAGGUGACACUGGACCAGCUUGUAAUGCUGUUGGAAUGAUUGACCGUAAGAUACUAGGCAUUGGGCAUUUAUAUACAAGACCAGUCUAUGCACGAACAGAGCAAUGCAGUAUUAACUCCCCUGAUUAUGGCCCACUUCCUUCUGGUGCCCCUUCGUGGUGUCAAGCCCCUUUUGAUCCUGAAGGAAUUUUAAGCACGGUGAUGGCUAUAGUUACCUGCUUUGUUGGGCUGCACUUCGGGCACAUUAUUGUUCAUUUUAAGGACCAUAGGAACAGAAUCUUCCAGUGGUCAAUCUCGUCUUGUUGUCUCUUAGUGUUAGGCUUUGCCCUGGACUGGUUUGGCAUGUACGUGAACAAGGCUCUUUACUCAUUCAGUUACAUGUGCGUGACGGCUGGUGCUGCAGGCAUUCUCUUUGUGGCGAUAUACGUGCUGGUGGAUGUGUUUGGUUACAAGCGGCUGGCGAAGGUGUUAGAGUGGAUAGGCAAGCAUGCUCUCAUGAUUUACAUUCUUGUAGCCUGCAAUGUCUUCCCACUUAUUCUCCAAGGAUUCUAUUGGAAGCAGCCUCAAAAUAACAUUCUUAGCUUAAUCGGAGUUGGAAAGCACACAUGAACAUUAUGAGCAUGAAGGCUCACUCCCUUGCCAGAAUUUUGUCUCUUUUCUACACUUCUACACGGCAUCAUCCCUUCUCUGAUUCGUUGGAGCCAUUCUUCCCUUGUAGUUUACGGAGCUUAUGUAUAUAUAGAUAAGAAUCAUAGGAUACGCUUCUUUUUUCUUUUCUUUGGUUAUAUAAUUAAUUUAUGUACUACUUGAGUAUCAUCAAUUUAGUUAUUAUUUUUUUAUUAUUAUAAUAAAUUCUCAAUUUCUACCCA